AUGGGUGAAUGUCCUGUUGCGCACAAGAAGAGCAAUGUUGCUGGAGGUGGUACCCGGAACACUGACUGGUGGCCUAAUGCCUUGAAGCUGAAUAUUCUCCGUCAGCAUACUGAUGCUACCAAUCCUCAAAAUAAGGACUUUGAUUAUGCCGCUGCUUUCAAGACCCUUGAUUAUUGGGGCCUCAAGAAGGAUCUACACGCCCUUAUGACCGACUCUCAAGAGUUCUGGCCCGCUGACUUUGGUCACUAUGGUGGUCUUUUCAUCCGAAUGGCCUGGCAUAGCGCUGGAACAUAUAGAGUUUUCGAUGGACGCGGUGGUGGUGGCCAGGGCCAGCAGCGUUUCGCACCAUUGAACUCUUGGCCCGAUAAUGUUUCCCUUGAUAAGGCCCGUCGAUUGCUUUGGCCCAUCAAGCAGAAGUACGGCACCAAAAUCUCGUGGGCCGAUCUUUUUCUUCUAACUGGCAACGUCGCCUUGGAAUCUAUGGGUUUCAAGACAUUUGGAUUUGCUGGAGGUCGUCCUGACGUCUGGGAAGCCGAUGAGUCGGUGUACUGGGGAAGUGAGAACGUCUGGUUUACUAAUGAAGCUCGCUAUGAGGCCGAGACCCCAGAGGAGGAGGCUAAACAGAGCGAUAUCAAAACUCGCGAUCUCGAGGACCCGCUGGCCGCGGUCGUCAUGGGUUUGAUUUAUGUCAACCCCGAAGGUCCUGAUGGAAACCCUGACCCUGUCGCUGCUGCCAGAGAUAUUCGUAUCACAUUCGCUCGUAUGGCUAUGAAUGACGAAGAAACCGUCGCGUUGAUUGCUGGUGGUCAUACUUUCGGAAAAACACACGGUGCAGCCCCUGCUGAUAAUGUCGGAGACGAGCCCGAAGCUGCUGGCAUUGAGUCACAGGGCCUGGGAUGGCACAACAAGCACGGCUCCGGUGUAGGCCCUAAUGCUAUCACCAGUGGAUUGGAGGUGACCUGGACAAGUACUCCUACCAAGUGGAGUAACAACUUCUUGGAAUAUCUGUUCAAAUUCGACUGGGAGUUGACCAAGAGUCCCGCUGGUGCUAACCAGUGGGUCGCCAAGAAUGCGGGCGAUAUCGUUCCCAAUGCCUUUGACUCAAAGAAGCACAAGCCUCAGAUGCUGACCACUGAUCUUUCUCUGCGGUUCGAUCCCGCCUACGAGAAGAUUGCCCGUCGUUUCCUUGCGAACCCUGAUGAGCUCGCCGAUGUAUUCGCCCGUGCGUGGUUCAAGCUGCUGCACCGUGAUAUGGGACCUCGCGCUCGCUGGCUGGGUCCUGAGAUCCCUAAGGAGGUUUCUCUCUGGGAGGAUCCCAUUCCUGCUCCCACUUACGCUCUGAUUGACAAUGGCGACAUCAUUGCGCUGAAGAACGAGAUUCUCUCGACCGGUAUUGAGCCCACCAAGUUGAUUGCCACUGCCUGGGCAUCGGCUUCUACCUUCCGGGGUGGUGACAAGCGUGGAGGUGCGAACGGUGCCCACAUCCGUCUCGCUCCCCAGAAGGACUGGGAUGUCAACAAUCCAGCGCAGUUGCAGGAAGUCCUCAGUCUGUUGGAGAACAUCCAAAGCCGCUUCAACAGUGCCCAGAACGGCGAAAAGCGCGUCUCAGUAGCUGACCUGAUUGUGCUUGCUGGAUCUGCCGCCCUUGAAAGAUCCGCGGGUAUUCCCGUUCCCUUCACCCCUGGCCGCAACGAUGCCACCCAGGAGCAAACAGAUGUCGAGUCAUUCGGCUGGCUGCGGCCGUUCGCCGAUGGUUUCCGUAACUACGGCCACUCGACUCGUCGUGUCCGCACCGAGCAGCUCCUUAUCGACAAGGCGCAGCAGCUGACCCUCUCCGCCCCUGAAUUGACCGUUCUGGUUGGUGGUCUGCGUUCUCUGAACGCCAACUGGGACGGAUCAAACCACGGUGUCUUCACCUCCCGCCCUGGCCAGCUGAGCAACGACUUUUUCGUCAAUUUGCUCGACAUGAGCACUGUCUGGAAGCCAACCGGCGCUGACAGUGAGCAGUUUGAAGGUUUCGACCGCAAGACCGGUGCCAAGAAGUGGUCUGCCACCCGUGUUGACCUGAUCUUCGGUCACCACGCUGAGCUCCGUGCUCUUUCUGAGCUGUACGCCAGCUCCGAUGCCCAGGAUAAGUUUAAGAAGGACUUUGUUGCUGCCUGGGCCAAGGUUAUGAAUUUGGACCGUUAUGAUAUCCCUUGUUUCCCUGUGACCGGCCGUCCGCGCCUGUGA